AUGAAAUAAAAGCAAGGUUUUGGAUAAAGUCUAAUGCAAAUGAUGUAAGUUGAUCAUAAAUUAGGACUAACACAGCAUUCUAAUUAGAUAAAAUGUUAAGUGAAGAAAUUAAGAUUGAUGAAUUGAUGUAUAUAUUUGGUUAGGAAAUACAAAAUACAGAAGCUUUUCUUUAAAAGAAAGAAACUCUUAUUUGGUUUUGUUAUAGAGCCAAUAUUUAAUUUGAAGGGAAGGCAAUAUCAGAUUAAGGAUGGGGAUGUUUAGUAAGAGUUGGUCAGAUGAUGUUAGCAGUAUUAUUCUAUGAAAUAUAAUAGAAUGCAUUAAUGAGAGAAUCCAAAAUUUUAAACAUUAAUAAAACCAAAACAAUCAUUAUUCAUUUAUUUGAUGACAAUUAAGAAUAUUCAACUAUAGCUCCAUUUUCUAUUUAAUAAAUAAUCAAAAGAGCAUCCAUAAACCUAAAUAUGAAAAUUGGAGAUUGGUAUACAGGACCAAAAAUUAUGAGUGUUAUUGAAGAUCUAAACAAAAAUAAUAAAAAUUUUAAACAAAUACAUAUAGUUAAUUUUCUAGAAUAAUGUAUUUUAGAAUCUUAGAUUGAUUUAUCUUUUAAGAAGCCUCAUUUAUUAAUUAUUCAUGCUAUUAUUGGAGAUAAAUCAUUAGGAUAAUUGGAAAUUCAUUAUUUAUAAUCACAUAUGUUGAUAUCACAAUUUGCAGGAGCAAUUAUUGGUAAACAUAAUAAAGCAUUCUAUCUCAUAGGAUUUUAAAAAAACAAUGCAAUAUUUAUGGACCCUCAUUAUGUAUAAGUAAAAAUUAACUUAUCAAAUAUAGGAAAGUAAUAAAGUUGAAAUGGAAUGCAAUCUCAAAUGUCAACCACUUAAAUAAUUAAAUGGUACUAUUGCAUUGGCAUUUUACAUCUCAAAUUAUAAUGAAUACAUAUAAUUUAAAUAAUAAGUGAAUAAAUAACAAGGAUCAAUAUUUAGUAUCAUUGAAGACACAGGAUAAUACUUUACUUGA